ACGAAGGGAGCCCCCAUAUAAAAGCUUUCGCCAGAACGUUUUUACGAGUUUACGCGUCGUAACCUUCUCCCGUAGAGAUCGGAGUAAAAUGAUCAUCCGCGUGACUUCGUUGCUUUUGUGUUGCUGGUUAUCGUGCGAAGCAAUCACAGGAUCGGAACUGAACAGCAUUGCUUCGGAUAGUGUAGAUUCAAAGCUUGGCAAACGGUCCAUUCGGUACGACGCUGCCGGUCCCAGUAAGGAUGCGGCGUGGAAUGAAUUGAUGGCGAAGUUCAGACAAGCCCAAGGAGAGACCCAGGUGAAACCAAAACCGAAAAAGGAAGCGGAUGAUGGAAAACGGGACAGUGAUCGGUCGAAGAAGAAGAAAAAGAAGAAGACCCCCGUGAAGUUUGAUAGUGCGGAGCAGGUUUUGAAGGAUAUGGAGCUCACUGGACAUUUGGACAAGCUAAUGGAACCAGUGGUAGAGAACAAAGAAGAGAAGAAGAGCCGUGGUCGUAAAGACGAUUUAAAAGACAAGCUGGAUACAUUUUUGGACAAGUAUUCUAAGGACUCUGGUGAAUAUUCAAAAAAUGUGCUUCAGAAAAUUGUGAAAGACUCUUUGAAAGAUGAAGAAGAUCGAAGACGGUUGAUACAGUUCUUGAUACAGAAUGAGGACCAUUUUGACAAGUAUAUCAGUGGUUUUGUGAAAAGUGAUGAGAAGCAACGAAGCCGAAAUAAAGUGAAGGUGCCUGAAUACGCCAUAGCCAUGACCCAUGCUGAAAAGAGUUCAGGGAAGAAAUCAACGAGUGACAGAACAAAAAGUUUGAAAACAGAUGUACCGAAGUCAUCCGAAGAUCCAGAUGAUCUAGAAAUAGCAAAAUUGCUGUACGAUAUGGACAAUUACAAGCAUUCGAAACACGAAUGGGAAUCGGAAGGGAAAAGAGUAGACAGAGGGCUUGAAUUGGGUGACGAUGCGUUUGCAAUUUUAUUUGGAAAAAUACGAGGGCACAGAACCACAACUGUACGCGUGCCAACGACAACGACAGUGGCACCUACAACAACUACUACAGCGCCAACUACAACAACGACAGCGGCGCCAACCACAACAACGACGACAACGGCGCCAACUAUAACAACAACGACAAUGGCUCCAACUACAACCACACCAGAAUCAUGCGAAUGGGACGAAGACUGCUCGGAAGAAUGCUGCGAUUCAACUCCAGAAUGUCCAUGUAGAACUACCACAGUACCACCUACGACAACUACGGUGGUUACUACAACAACUACUGAAGCAACAACGACAACAACAGAGGCUCCAACGACUACCACAGAAUUGCUAACGACAACCACUGAAGCACCUACCACUACCACUACUGAGGAGACAACUACGACUACAGCAGACACUACUACAACAACAGAAGCACCAACUACAACUACAACUGUGGAUACUACAACCACGACAGAGGCUACUACAACUACAACUGAGGCAACUACGACGACUACUGAGGCUACAACAACCACUACAGAAUUACCUACGACAACUACUGAUCCACCUACCACUACGACCACUGAGGCACCUACCACUACGACUACGGAAGCAACUACAACUACAACUGAAGCACCUACCACAACUACAACUACAGAAGCUCCAACUACAACUACAACAGAGGAAACUACGACCACGACGGAGGCCACCACGACAACCACUGAAGCACCUACCACUACGACUACCGAGGCAACAACUACGACAACUGAAGCGCCUACAACAACUACAACUACAGAAGCGCCAACUACAACUACAACCGAGGAAACUACAACCACGACAGAGGCCACUACAACCACAACGGAGGCGACAACGACAACCACUGAAGCUCCUACCACUACAACCACUGAGGCAACAACGACCACAACUGAAGCACCAACAACUACAACUACAGAAGCACCAACUACAACUACAACCGAGGAAACUACGACCACGACAGAGGCUACUACAACUACAACGGAGGCAACAACGACAACCACUGAAGCUCCUACCACUACGACUACGGAAGCAACAACGACGACAACAGAAGCGCCUACAACAACUACAACUACAGAAGCGCCAACUACAACUACAACAGAGGUAACUACAACCACGACAGAAGCCACAACGACAACCACUGAAGCACCUACCACCACAACCACUGAGGCAACAACGACUACAACUGAAGCACCAACAACUACAACAACAGAAGCGCCAACUACAACUACAACCGAAGAAACUACUACCACGACUGAGGCCACUACAACUACAACGGAGGUCACCACGACAACUACUGAACCACCUACCACUACGACCACUGAGGUAACAACGACUACAACUGAAGCGCCUACAACAACUACAACUACAGAAGCGCCAACUACAACCGUGGAAACUACGACCACGACAGAGGCUACUACAACUACAACGGAGGUAACAACGACAACUACUGAACCACCUACCACUACGACCACUGAAGCAACAACGACAACCACUGAAGCAACAACGACUACAACUGAAGCUCCAACAACUACAACUACAGAAGCGCCAACUACAACCACAACCGAGGAAACUACGACCACGACAGAGGCCACCACGACAACCACUGAGGCAACAACGACGACAACUGAAGCACCAACAACUACAACUACAGAAGCGCCAACUACGACUACAACCGAGGAAACUACAACUACAACUGAGGACAUUACUACAACUACAGAAGCGCCUACAACAACUACAACUACAGCAGCGCCAACUACAACUACAACCGAAGAACCUACGACCACGACAGAGGUCACCACGACAACCACUGAAGCUCCUACCACUACAACCACUGAUGCAACAACGACUACAACUGAAGCGCCUACCACAACUACAACUACAGAAGUGCCAACUACAACUACAACCGAGGAAACUACGACCACGACAACCACUGAAGCACCUACCACUACAACCACUGAGGCAACAACGACGACAAUUGAAGCACCAACAACUACAACUACAGAAGCACCAACUACGACUACAACCGAGGAAAUUACAACGACAACUGAGGACAUUACUACAACUACAGAAGCGCCUUCGACAACUACAACUGAGGCUACCACAACGACGACUGAGGCCACUACAUCAACUACAGAGGCCACAACGACGACAACUGAAGCCACUACGGCAAUUCCUUGCACAACUACAACUGAAGCUCCCACAACCACUACAGGAGAGCCUACCACGACUACCACUGAACCACCUACCACAACUACUACAGAGGCACCUACGACCACUACUGAAGCACCCACCACAACAACAGAAGCAGUAACCACAACCACUGAAGUUCCCACGACAACUACUCUGCCCCCAACCACCACAACUGUACCACCUAUGACAACUACGACGGCACCACCCACGACAACUACGGCAGAACCUGGUUGUCCCCACAAUACCCCGCCGAAGAAGCUGUCCUGUCCCUCUUGCUUCCGAAUCCUGAACCGGCUGCUGAACAAAGUCGACGGCUAUCCGUUCCGAACGGAACGAACCGCCGCGGCAGGCAUGCGACCGGAAGGUUACACCAUGGGCAGUGUUGUUCUACCGCGACGGAGAAACCUGGCCCGACUGGGGCUAGACGGUGAUCUCAACCAAGUCGAUAACUCGGGAUGGCUCAGCGUGCCGAAGAACCGUCUGAAGAGUAACGUCAAACUGGGGCCCACGAUACGGCGGAAAAAGUACGCCCAUCAGAUUUGUUUCCCCUUAGAUAAUAAUUAUACAUUGUUAUGAAAGUGCCCGUGCCGUUUUCCGUGUUGUCCGUUGUAUCACAAUCCAUAUUGCGCAACGAAGCGCUGCAAAACGAAACGCAGCUGAAAAAAAACAGAACACAUUCCUCGAGGUGGUAAUGAACUUGUUCCGAAUAGCUUGUUGUGUUUGCGAACACGAUUUGAUUAGCAUUUUUGUCAAAUCGUGCAUGCGUCAAAUGUAAAUACCGCAUUUCUAAUGGAUGUGCGGAAUUGGUGUUCCUGCCUAAAUUGGACCCUUCAAGGCUAGCCUUAAUCCUUUCAGCUG